AUGCGUGUGUUCCCUCUGUGUGCUGCCCCGGCUCUGCAGAUCGCUGGCACAGCAGGCCCCGGAGAACCCCCAAUGACCACAGGCUCCAGUAAGGAACGAAGACCCCCGGCCAGGUUCAUUGUCAAACGAAACACAGGACUAGUUCCCCACAGACUCUACAGGAGAUACUACGAAUAUGCGCCCCCCGACAAUCAUAGCUGUUUGGCAGCGGCCAGGCGGGAAACGCUGGGAGGUGGCUGCCUGAAGUGCGAACGCUGCAGCAGCGCUGACAAGACGUGCUCCGGAGAGCCGCAGGACUGCGCCCCCUCCCAGACCGCCUGCCUCAUCCUCACCUCGGAGACCAGAGUCGGGAAGGAGCAGAAACUGGGCACCUACAAGGGCUGCACCGAGAACAAGUUCUGCCCCCCGCGAUCCUCCAGCCUCAGUUCUGCCUUCGGCUUGCGUGUGCGGAGCGCCGCCAAGUGCUGCCAGCGGGACCUGUGCAACAAGGGGGCUGUGAGGUUGCCACGGGCGCAGCCCAAGCCCAGCGGGCUGCAGUGCCCGGGCUGCGUGUCCGAGGGCACCGAAUGCCAGGCCAAUGAGACCGUGAGCUGCCUGGGCGCCGAGAACCACUGCGUCUAUUUCGCUGGGUCCAUCACAACCGGCACCCGGAAUUACACCUACGCCGUGCGCGGCUGUGCCACGAAAAGCACCUGCGCCAGCAAGGUGGGGGUGUACAAGCUGCCGGGGGUCUUCACCGACAUCGUGAUAACGUCCGAAUGCAGCCCGGCCCCCACCCCCGGCCCCAAGCAGAGCACUUAGCCCCCAGCGCCGCCACCAGGCCCCAGCCCAGCCGCGGUCUAGGGCACACGGAGCCCGGCUGGGGGUCACUCCUGUCGCCGUCGCUCUCGGCACGAUCCAGGAUCGAGAUCCAGCGUCGGGCACGAGCCGCAAACUGCUGGC